UAAAUUUUCGGUGAAUAUUCUAUAAAAAUUGUAAUAAUUUGAUACCAUAAUUUGAGCAAUUGCUUAAAAAAUCAUAAUGAUAGAAUGACUACAUGGACAUAUAUUCUUAUAUUAGGUUUGGGCUAUUUCUGCAAUAAAGUAACAUUGUACAGGUAUCAUUUUGUCUGGUUGUGGUUAAUAGAAAUAUUCAUAUUUAGUAUGUUAGGUAAUGGAAAUUAAAUUGUAGGAACCAUCAUGUUUUAUGACAGAUGACUCUAAAGCUGAAAAAGCUGCAUUGGCAAAUGCUUAUCCACAAUCAAGACAACUUCUCUGUUUUUUCCAUGUUUUGCAAAAGGAAUGGAGGUGGUUAUGUGAAAAGAAAAAUGGAAUUCCAUUAGAGAGGCGACAGUUUUUGAUGAACUUGUUUCGUAAGGUUAUGUAUAGCGAAACAGAAGAUGAAUUGAAUAUGAUGAUACUGAACUUCAAACAGUCAUCUCAAGAUUUCCCUAAUUUUAUUAAUCGUUUUGAAAAAUUUUAUUUGAGAUCACACGAAUGGUUAUACGUUCACCGUAAAAACAUUAUCAUUAGGGGUAAUAACACCAACAAUUAUGCCGAAGCAUCUAUAAGAAUAUUAAAGGAUAUAAUUCUCCACCGAACAAAAGGAUACAAUUGUGUGGCUUUAGUAGAUUUUAUUUGUUUUGUCUGGGAAGAAUAUUUCAAAAUUAAAUUGUUGGAUUAUGCACAUGACAGGAGGAAUAGUAUUAGAAAUAACUAUUUAAAGUUAUGUUCAAGAAUGGUAUCUGUAAAUCCAAGCGAUUUGUGUGAUUUGGGAAAUAAUUUGUAUAAAAUAAGUAGCACCAAAGACUCCUCGGUGCACUAUACUAUUGAUGUAGAAGUAGGACUAUGUAGUUGCCCUUCUGGCAUAAAUGGAGCUUUUUGCAAGCAUCAGGCUUAUCUACAUAAGCAGUUGAAUAUACCUUUUGUAAAUGCUCCUGCAGUUACUUGUGAGGAACGUAAAUCUUUGGGAAAAUUAGCAUUAGGUCUCGAAUGUCCUAGCGAUGAUUGGUUUAUGGAUUUAACUCAUACGACUCAUUCCU